AUGAGCUUCACCAUCAACCCUCGAGUCCUUUCCGUCCUGUCCUUGGCGGUUGUAUCCGUCGCCAGCCAGUGGACCGGAGCUUACAACGCGACUGCCGUGACGGACAGGGACGGCCCUGCGCCCGAAUGCAUCAUCAAGAGCUUCGCCACCGACACCAUCACAUCCGUCUUACCGUGCACGUGUACUGGCGGCAACGUCACUGCCGACUGCAAUUGGAAUUACGAAGGAAAAACUUACAGCACUGUCAGAGAUGCAGAAUGCAAGUGUGCCACGACGGGCGUUCUCGUCCUGGAGACGGAUAGCCUGAAGGCGUAUACCAAGAGCAAGCCUAAUGCGGUGAAUGGGUGCGUCUGUGACCCCGCCGAGCCCGGGAAAGGGGAGCCGGACGCCGAUGGGUUGGUUGUGGCAGCUGGCGAUUGUUGGUGCCUGUCCGAACGUCUGAAGGCGAACAGCGGCUUGAAGGAGGCCGAAGAGCAGAAGUCGGACACGGAGGUGGACAAGAGCGAGCCUGUCAAGGCCCAGAAGCCGGACACGGAGGUGGACAGCAGCGAGCCUGUCAAGCCGAGCUUCUGCACCCAGAAGCCCGCUGCUCCCGUCGACGCCGCCGCUGCCCCCCUCGAUGCCGCCGCUGUCCGGAAGUGCAGCACGGAGUUGGACAACAGCAGGAUUACCAAGACGAGCCUCUGCGACCAGUUGAAGGAGGAUGAGGAUACGGAAAUGACUGAGCGUAUGAAGGCCAUCCUCCCGAGCUGCACGGUUGCUGCCCUCACUGAAAUCUGCAAGAGCAGCUAA